AUGCGGUUGGUCGAAGCGGAUGAUGAAAAUGUUCCAGCCUACUAUCUGCCCCACCACCCCGUAAUUAAGGAAGCAAGUACGACGACCAAGGUCCGAGUUAUUUUUGAUGGCUCAGCUAAAACUUCUUCUGUUUGCUCCCUUAACGAAGCUCUUUGCGUGGGUACCGUGGUGCAGGACGAUCUCCUGGACAUCAGUUUCGUACUUGUACAUCCGGAAGACACACAGUUCCAGCGUAUCCUGUGGCGAUUUUCCAAGUUGUCACCCGUCCAAAUCUACGGGCUGCUAACCGUUACGUACAGUUUGGGCCCAUCAUCCUACCUAGCAACACGUACUCUCCAGCAAUUAGCGUUGAAGAAGAAUGUUUAUGUCGACGACUUCAUCGGUGGUGCUCAAUCCGUCGAAGAAGCGAUCCGUCUGCGUACAGAGCUCGACGAGCUAUUGCAGAAAGGUGGAUUUGAACUACGGAAGUGGACUUCAAAUCAGCUGGAGGUGCUGCAAGGUCUAAGCGAUGAACAAGUUGGAACGCAAUUCGCUCUUCACUUCAACCCAGAUGAAUCAAUCAAGGCGCUCGAAAUAAUAUGGGAACCUGAGGCCGAUCUUCUCCGUUUGGAUUCCCUGAUUCGAAUCAGCGACGAGCCUCCAACAAAACGGUCCAUCCUCUCCGAUACAGCCAAGCUUUUCGACCCUCUUGGACUCAUCGCACCGGUAGUUGUUCGGGCGAAGAUUAUCAUCCAGGAAUUAUGGCUACUUUCCUGCGACUGGGAUGACCCUGUACCAGAACCCGUCAAGUUGAAAUGGGAAUCCUACCAGCAAGAACUCUCGAGAAUCUCUGAGCACCGUGUUGACAGAUAUGCCUUCCUUCCUGAUUCAGUAAUCCAACUGCACACUUUCGCAGAUGCUUCCCAAACCGCUUACGGUGCCUGCACCUACGCCCGCUGUGAAGAUAGUCAAGGACGAGUGAGGAUCCUACUCCUAGCGUCGAAAUCUUGUGUAGCACCGUUGAAACGAGUCACAAUCACCCGUUUGGAAUUAUGCAGCUGUGACAGCCGCUCAUCUUCAUGCUCGCAUCAAGAACGCUAUUGA